AUGGGCAAUUCUUCGUUGGUGUCGGGAUCUCUGUCUGUACCUGGGGACAGCAUGGUUUCGACCACUGGGGAUCACAUGGAUGACUCCAGUUCGAAUGCCUUCGAGCAGAGGCUCCAAUCCCUUCAGAAGCAGCUGGAGAUCGAGCUCAAGGUGAAAGCAGGAGCCGAGAACCUCAUAGCAAUGUACAGCACCGGCCCUACGAAGGACAGGAAGCUACUGGCGGAAGCCCAGCAGAUGCACUCGGACUCGAAAGCAAAAAUCGAGUACCUUCGCAUGCGGAUCAACAAGGCUCGCCAGAAUAGAGAGGAAGAAGAAUCUACAGAUCACAAAACCAAAGAAACAGAAGUGUGUUUCAUCCCGCUGGCAGAUAAAAGUUGGGACCUGUGCCUGUUGACGCCUGUGGAGGUGAGGAUAGAAGAGCUGAGGCAUCACCUGAGAAUCGAAUCCGCCGUCGUCGACGGAGCCCGCAAUGCCGUCCGCCUCCUUCAGGGCCAGAAGGCUCCCGACAAGAAGAUGCUCCAAGAGAAAGCAGCUCAUAAACGUGGACUGAAGUUCAUGAGACAGUGCCAUGUGAAUGAUGGAUGGAUCUCACCUCUUUUCCGCACUCCCACUCCCUGUAUAAUGCACACACCAGCCCUGGCCGUGUGUAGUUAUUACGAGAGACCUCGUGAAAGUCGUAAUGACGUCUCAGAAGCAUUCCACGACCCUUGA